AUGUUGUUCAACGAUGCGUCUCAAGAGGAGCCGCGUGACUUGAGGCGGCUUGAGUCGGCUAUCAAGUUUGACGUCAAGAUCGUCGACGCUGAGUCGCGUGUGGGCAAGAUGCUUGAUGGGAUAUCCCUGGAGGGCGGUCAAUCCCUCGGUGCUGCAGACGGCUGUGAACAAGCAGAUGCAGCUACAACGGAACAAGCAUAUACGGACGGAUGUUUUCCGUUUUGUGCGCUUGCUACGGACGUUCGCAGUCGGCUACCAAUGUACGGCGGCGUGGAAGAUGAAGAGAAACCCGCCAAACCGACGCUGAAGUGUGGUGAAUCUCGCAACUCGGAGUCCAAGAAGCAGGAGCCACCGAAGAAGAAGGACAGUACAGGCAAAGGCUUCGGAAAACCAAGUGGUGUUACGUCAACCGACGCGGUAUCCGACUGCCCCAAGGCGGCGUCGGAUGAGGCAGAGGGGCUCAUUCAAGCCCAAAUCAAGGGCCGGAAAGAAGCUCGUGACAAACGCGCGACGGCCAACAUGAUCGACCUUAGCCGCGAGCGCACGAAGAUUGAAGGCCGUGCUGUGGUGUGUGAGGUUGUCCCUGUGGAUCAGUUGUUGUUGGACACUGGUGCAAGCGUCAACGUCGUGUCAGCUGAGCUGUUUAGCGCCCUCAAGAAAGCCAAGGCCGACGUUCAAGUGGUGCAGGCGGCUACGAAUGAGUGUGGCGCUCGAGACGACGUGUGGGCCCCUGCUACUGCGCGGCAUGCUUCUCUCGGGUUCUCGAUGGAUACGUUGCUUGUCCAAGCUCGGGCAAAAAAGCCCGAGAGGGACCUGAGUGACAGCAGUUUCCUGCCCAUGACGGUCGACGCCACGGUCCAUCACGUGCAAGCUGUGAGACCAAUUGUUGAAGACUAUGACCCCGACGGCUGGAUGGAGUGCGCGACACCGAAGCUGGACAUUCGGGAUGGUGAGGACAACGAAGAAAGCCGGCAACGUCAGCAGGCGGAGCUUGAAGCCGUCCUAGCUAUCAAAGUGGAUGAAGCCAAGAGUCAAGGCCUCAGCCCAGCUGGUGUUACCAAGCUGGAGAUCUUGGUAGCCAUUCAACCGGUGGACCCGUUGCUCCGCCUGUUGGAAGUUGGAACCACGUUGCCUAAGAAUGCCAAGAAGCCGGCGUUGAUCAAACUCCCGGCCGACAAGACAGUAUGUCUCUUUAUCGACACUAGCGAUGGCUUUUGGGAAGCCAUUGCAACUCAAGUCCCUCCUGAAGAACUGAACCAGAUAGUCGAGCAGCGCCAGAGCCGUUGGCGUUCCUUAGCGGCUCGUUUGUGGGGCAAGCUCGAGUUGGCCCAUUGUGGAGAAGGAGACCACCGCAACCUGGUGCAUAUCUUCAACCCAAUGGGACAAAGCCCGAAUACGGCCAAGUACCAAGCGGACAAGUUGCAACACUGGGACCUGGUCAUGUCUACGUUCUCCUACAUGAAUGAGAGUGUUUCCGGUGAAAACAACGCAUGGGAAGACUUGCUGAGCCGCUGGGGUUCGGUGCCUGCUUUCCGCGAGUUCGCAACUGUAUCCACCCUCAAGGUACAGACGGAGUACCUGGCUACCGGUCAAGCCCCAGGCGGUGUGAAAUGGAACAAGAAGACGAAGUUCCAUGUGACAAGCGAUGACAAGACGUGGCGCCCCGACGAAGCUGUAGAUCUGCAGCAACGUCUAUGUGUGUUCGCGCACCAAGGCGCGGAUGACACCGCCGCGUAG